AUGUCUGCUGACCACGUCGAUAACACCAUCAAGAAGGACGCCUCCAAGGCUGGCGAUGACUUCAAGAAGGGCUCUGAGAGCCUCGGAGAUGACGUCAAGAAGGGCUGGGAUGAGCUCAAGGAAGGCGCCUCGGACGCCCAGAAGAAUCUCGGCAAGGAGAACGAGAAGAUUCACGACACCUUCUCCGGCGAUUUUGACAAGAAAGCCCACCAAGAGGGCGAGAAGCUCAAGGAUGCUAACGAAAAGUGGACCCACGGAGUCCACGACAAGGCCGAAGACUUCAACAAGGACGUCAAGAACGAGUUCAACAAGGUUGAGAAGAACACCGAGCACGAGAACGAGAAGAUCCGAGACACCUUUGACAGCAAGGGACAGCCCCACGGCACCUGGGACAACUUCAAGGAGGGUGCCUCCCAUGCCCAAUCUGAUCUUGAUUCUGCCAACAAGCGAUUCACAUCUGCCGUCGACGAGUCAAGCGAACAUUUCGGCAAGGCCGUCAACAGUGCUUGGGACUCUCUCAAGAGUGGAGUCAAUGGGCUGAUUGGCGGAGAGAAGAAGUAA